AUGAGCAACCAAGCUUGUGAGGUGUUAGGAGAGCAUGUGAGCUGGAGUCAUCAUGGGGACUGCAGCCAGCCAACAGGGCCGGGCCGCAAUGCCACUGGCAUGUACAUCCCUGCUUCCCAUGCAACUGCGUCGAUCACGGCCCCGCAGAAGUUCCUGGAUGCCUACCCGCCAGAGAUGGCUGCAUUUCAUAGCAGUGGUCGCAUCAGCAAGGUGCUGACCGCGACCUAUGAAAGCCCGAAGCCCAGGUGCAGCGGUGGCGGCAGCAGCAGCGGCCAGCAUGGCGGCAGCAGUGGCGGCCAGCGUGGCGGCAGCAGCGGCGCCCAGCGUGGAGGCAGCAGCGGCGCCCAGCGUGGAGGCAGCAGCGGCACCCAGCGUGGAGGCAGCAGCGGCGCCCAGUGUGGCGGCAGCAGCGGCGCCCAGCGUGGCGGCAGCAGCGGCGCCCAGCGUGGCGGCAGCAGCGGCGCCCAGCGUGGCGGCAGCAGCGGCACCCCGCGUGGAGGCAGCAGCGGCGCCCAGCGUGGCAGCAGCAGCGGCACCCAGCGUGGAGGCAGCAGCGGCGCCCAGCGUGGCGGCAGCAGCGGCGCCCGGUGUGGCGGCAGCAGUGGAGUAUCUGCACUGCAUUCAACAUCAGGUGGUUUUCUGUUGCCGAAGUGGGUUGCUGAUAAGUGUCGUUCUUCGCUGUUCGGCAUGACUCAGCUUCGUACCACACUUGUUAUCACCUGUACGAUGUUGUUGCUGCGAUAG